AGAACAUUGUGGUUCCUAAACUUCGCGUCGAUUGCAUGAACCAUGUUUCAAUCUGGAGACACCUCGGUCGCCCUGAGGCCAACAGGCUGUUUUAUCCAGCGUCGCCCCUCGAUCUGGUGAACUCGUUCGCGUUCUGCCAGUUUGCCGUCAGUAUGCGCCUGCAACAGCCCGUCAUCUACAGCCUGGUCCUGCUGGGCUUUGCCUGCACUGUUGCUGCUCACCUCCCAAGCCCACCUCAAUGCGCUAUCGAUUGUCAGCAGCAAUUGCUUGCACGAGAGACAACAUGCUCCUCUACCGACACAUCAUGUCUCUGCGCCGACGAGAACUACCAGUCUGCCCUAUCGACCUGUGUCACGGCCAACUGCACAAUGAAAGAUGCACUGCUCGCCAAGUACGUCGGUUCUCGCAAAUGUGACAUCCCCAUACCGCAGCGCUAUCCCGAAGCCGAUGGUGGCACCAUUAUCCCGUUUGCGAUCGCGACCAUCCUGUUUAUUAUUCGAAUGGCCACCAAGGCGAUGCAUCUGGGCGGGGGCUGGGGACCUGACGAUUAUACAUUGACUGUCGCAUAUGCACUGGCAAUUGUUGUCUUCUCUGUAAAUAUAUCAAUGAUUCAUUAUGGAUUUGGGAAGAAUAUCUGGGACAUCUAUCCCCAGGAUAACAUCACCAAAGCAUACAAGCAUUUCUUCGCCUUCGUUUUAGCAUACAAAGCAUUGAUCUCCCUUGCAAAGAUCUCCGUUUGUCUGUUCCUCCUCCGAAUCUUCCGGUCUACGCUAUUUCGCUGGACUGCGUACGCUAUGAUCGGAAUCAACUCCGCCAUUGCCAUUACCUGGAUGCUCACUGAUAGCUUCCACUGCAUUCCAGUGCAUCUGGCCUGGACUCAAUGGGAGGGGCUAGAACAGGGUAAAUGCAUAGAUUUUACAGCAGCCACUUUUGCAAAUGGAAUCGUCAAUAUCAUCGUCGACGCGGUCAUGGUUGUCAUGCCCAUAUACGAGGUUUCCAAACUCAAUCUGUCGCUGCGUAAGAAAGUUGGCGUCGCAGUGAUGUUUGCAUCAGGAUUAGUCCUGACGAUUAUCGGAAUUGUUCGAGUUGUUGUGUUUUCGCACAACAGCUCUCUGGCGAAUCCCACUUAUGACAUGGAAGCUCUUAAUCGGUGGUCCGUCAUUGAAUGCCAGAUCGCCAUCAUAUGCGCCUGUCUCCCCGCGACCAGAGCAAUGCUGGUCCGUGUCUUCCCGGGCAUCUUUGGAGCAGAAAGCGGAUACACCUCCAGUGGACAGAUGAACCAGUACAAGACGCGCACUCACACUGGCGGUGGCUCGCAUGCACCCGGUGUGAGGAGUCACAUCUCCAAGACAGUCUCAUACUCGGUGGACUACAGCGGCAAAUCGCGCCUGGAGUCUGGAAAUGGCUUCAUCCAGCUGUCUGAAGUGGAGUCGCAUAGGACCUAGGCGUGGUUUCUACAGAGCUACUUGUUUAUAUUAUGACUUUCCUGGUAAAUAUUCUUUGUCAACAACAAUAACUUCAUUUAAUUACUAGUAAAUAAGACCAAUAGACGACCUGAAUGACAGAUACUGUG